UUUCAGGUUGAAAAACAAAGAACAAAAGUAGCAGAUACAAAACCGUUAGACUAUAUCUUCACAAACGCUGGUAGGACAAUAUCAGAUGAAGAAAUUUCAUCCCGAACAUACAGGUUUGACUAUCCAAUUCGUUGGCUUCAAAGUCCUUCAGAUGCAAAGGCAAUAGGAUUUAGAAGAGUUUUGUUUUCAAAAAGAACUAACGCAUUUAUGUUCGCAGUAUAUUUUCAUGGUCAGUAUAGAGGUUCUAAUGGUCUAAUAGACAAAUUUGACGAAAUGAGAAUCUUUACAAUUCGUUCAGACGAAAACCUUGAGAAGACUCUAAAUGACUUUCAAACUCAAAUGAACAAAUAUUAUUGGGAAUUUCAAGAAAAAUACGACUCUUUACUAAAUGGAACAUACUAUCUGAAGCUAGAAUAUGACAAGAUGAACUCCACAGUUUCAUUUCAAAGGAUUGAAAAUAACCCUCCAAGAGAUACACAGUUUUUAUUUUGGGAAGUAGACAAACGUUCUUGGGCACAAUUUCUUCGGUUACUAAACCAGAACGAACCAUUACCACCUGACGGUCCGUUUAAAUUUAUACGCCCACCAACAGAUUUGACAGUUUAUAGAAAUGUGUUUGACCCUCAAAAUGUCAUGUGUCAUGCAAGUUUCAGUUCAAGCAACAACAGUUUUCUAUGUAUCGGUAA